AUUCUUUUUCCUAUCAAAUGACGAGAUGCUGGAGAUUCUCUCAGAAACCAAAGAUCCCACGCGAGUGCAGCCACACUUGAAGAAAUGCUUUGAGGGCAUUGCCAAACUGGACUUCCUGCCCAAUCUGGACAUCCAAGCCAUGUACAGCAGCGAGGGUGAGCGUGUGGAGUUCAUCCAGCUCAUCUCAACUUCUGAAGCACGAGGAGCUGUGGAGAAGUGGCUGGUGCAGGUGGAGGACAUAAUGCUGAGAAGCAUCAGAGAUGUGAUCAAUCGCUCCAGGCUGGCUUAUCCGGAGACUAAAAGGAGUCAGUGGGUACGUGAGUGGCCUGGGCAGGUGGUCCUCUGUGCUUCUCAGAUGUACUGGACGGUGGAGGUGCAUGAGGCCAUCAGAAGUAGUGCUAAUGGUCUUAAGAAAUACUAUGAGCAGUUGCAGAAUCAGCUGAAUGAUAUUGUGGAGCUGGUCAGGGGGAAGCUGCCCAAGCAGACGCGCACCACUCUGGGAGCCCUGGUGACCAUUGAUGUGCAUGCCAGAGAUGUGAUCCUGGAGUUGAUUGAAAAAGGAGUUUCUAGUGAGACAGAUUUCCAGUGGCUUGCACAGCUACGUUACUAUUGGGCGAAUGACAAUGUCCGUGUCCGCAUUAUAAACUGCGAUGUCAAGUAUGCUUAUGAGUACCUUGGAAACUCCCCUCGCCUGGUCAUCACGCCGCUAACAGACAGAUGCUACCGAACUCUGAUUGGAGCAUUUUACUUAAACUUGGGUGGAGCUCCUGAGGGGCCUGCAGGCACAGGCAAAACCGAGACCACCAAAGAUCUGGCCAAAGCCCUUGCAGUGCAGUGUGUGGUGUUUAACUGCUCAGAUGGUCUUGAUUACCUGGCCAUGGGGAAGUUCUUCAAGGGAUUGGCUUCUUCUGGUGCCUGGGCCUGUUUUGACGAAUUCAAUCGGAUUGAGUUGGAGGUGCUGUCUGUGGUGGCUCAGCAGAUUCUGUGUAUUCAGAGAGCCAUUGAAAUGAGACUUGAGUAUUUUGACUUUGAGGGCACAGAGUUGCGCCUUAACCCCAACUGUUUUGUCGCCAUCACCAUGAACCCUGGAUAUGCUGGCCGAUCUGAACUUCCUGACAAUCUAAAGGUCUUGUUUAGAACAGUAGCCAUGAUGGUGCCCAAUUAUGCACUGAUUGCUGAGAUCUCCUUAUAUUCAUAUGGCUUCCUCAAUGCUAAGCCUCUCUCAGUGAAGAUUGUGAUGACCUACAGGCUGUGCUCAGAGCAACUUUCCUCUCAGUUCCACUAUGACUAUGGCAUGAGAGCUGUUAAAGCAGUGCUGGUGGCUGCUGGGAACCUCAAACUCAAAUUUCCAGAUGAAAAUGAGGAUAUACUUCUUCUCCGCUCCAUCAAGGAUGUCAAUGAGCCCAAGUUUCUCUCUCAUGAUAUCCCUCUUUUCAAUGGAAUUACCAGUGACCUUUUUCCAGGAAUUUCUCUACCUGUGGCGGAUUAUAAGUUGUUCUUGGAAUGUGCUCAUUUGUGCUGCGAAAACCACAAUGUGCAACCUGUUAAAGUUUUCCUGGACAAAAUUAUCCAGACAUACGAGAUGAUGAUUGUUCGACAUGGGUUCAUGCUUGUCGGAGAACCAUUUGCUGGAAAAACCAAAGUACUUCAUGUUCUUGCUGAUACUUUGACCCUGAUGAAUGAGUCGGGCUACAACGAAGAAGAAAAAGUAAUUUACCAAACUGUCAAUCCUAAAUCCAUCACGAUGGGUCAGCUUUUUGGCCAAUUUGAUCCUGUGUCACAUGAGUGGACUGAUGGGAUUGUGGCAAACACCUUUCGAGAAUUUGCCUCAAGCGAGACCCCAGAGAGGAAAUGGGUGGUGUUUGAUGGCCCCAUAGACACUCUGUGGAUUGAGAGUAUGAACACUGUGCUGGAUGACAACAAAAAGCUAUGCCUCAUGAGCGGGGAGAUUAUUCAGAUGUCCAGUCAGAUGAGUCUGAUUUUUGAGGCCAUGGAUCUGUCACAAGCCUCUCCUGCCACAGUAAGCCGCUGUGGAAUGAUCUACAUGGAGCCGUCUCAGCUAGGAUGGACUCCUCUGGUGCUGUCAUGGAUGAAAACACUUCCUGACCCACUUCAGGCACAAGACAAUUCCACUUUACUGCAGCAACUCUUCGAGUGGCUGCUUCCUCCCACACUUGUUUUGUUGCGCAAGCAAUGCCGGGAGGUAAUUCCCAGCAGCAAUAGCAAUACUGUUGUGUCUCUCACACGACUUUUUGAGAUGCUGCUGACUAGACCUGUGAAUGAAGACCCAGGAAACAAAAACAUGCGCACAUGGAUCAUGGCAGCUUUUGCCUUUGCCCUGGUUUGGUCUGUUGGCGGUUGCUGUGAUACAGACAGUCGCAGUCGAUUUGACAAGUUUUUGAGGGAAAUGAUCUCAGGGAAGGCAGAAAACUGCCCCAUUCCUGCUGCUGUGUCAAAAUGGGAAUGUCCCUUUGAUGAGAAAGGUCUUGUGUAUGACUACAGUUAUGAGUUCAAAGGAAAAGGACGUUGGGUGCACUGGAAUGAGUCGAUCAGUAAUGCACCAUUAGGAGACAAGAAUACUAAAGUACAGGAUAUCAUUGUCCCCACCAUUGACACUGUGCGAUACACUUAUCUAAUGGACCUCUGCAUUCAAUAUGGGAGGCCUUUGUUGCUCGUUGGCCCCACUGGCACUGGAAAAUCUGUUUAUGUGAAAGAAAAAUUGAUGAACAAUCUCGACAAAGACCUCUUCCUUCCCUUCUUCAUCAACUUCUCAGCUCGCACCAGUGCCAAUCAGACCCAGAACAUUAUUAUGUCCAGACUAGACAAAAGGAGAAAGGGAGUAUAUGGACCUCCCAUGGGAAAGAAGUGCAUAAUUUUUGUGGAUGACAUGAAUAUGCCUGCAAAAGAAGUAUUUGGUGCACAGCCUCCAGUCGAGCUGCUUCGUCAGUAUUUUGAUCAUGGGAACUGGUAUGACCUCAAGGACACCUCAAAAAUUACACUUACGGACAUGCAGCUGAUCUCUGCGAUGGGUCCCCCUGGUGGUGGGAGGAAUGCAGUUACUCCUCGUUUCCUUCGGCAUUUUAACAUUUGUAGCAUCAAUGCAUUCAGCGAUGAGUCUAUGGUGCGCAUUUUCUCUAACAUUGUCACAUUUUACUUGCGAACAAAUGAAUUCCCACCUGACUGCUUCACGGUUGGAAAUCAGAUAGUCAGUGCAACACUUGAGGUGUAUCAAAAGGCCAUAGAAAAUCUCCUGCCCACCCCAGCUAAGUCUCAUUACACUUUCAACCUAAGAGAUUUCUCACGAGUGGUGCAAGGCUGCUUGUUACUGAAGAAGGAAUCACUUACAAACAAGCGAACAAUGAUCCGGCUUUUCGUCCAUGAAAUUUACCGCGUCUUCUACGAUCGCCUUGUGGAUGACCAGGACCGAGCCUGGCUCUUUACACUCACAAGCAAUAUUGUGAAGCAGCACUUCAAGGACAACUUUGACUCAGUAUUUGAACAUCUUAAAGAUGGUAACAAACCUCUUUGUGAGGAGAACAUGCGGAACUUGUUAUUUGGCGAUUAUAUGAUGCCAGACGUUGAUGAAAGUGAGAGACUUUAUGCAGAGGUUCCUUCAGUCGAGCGCUUUGGUGAGGUGGUUGAAACCUGCCUGGAUGAGUAUAACCAAACCCACAAGAACCGCAUGAACUUGGUCAUUUUUCGUUACGUCCUAGAGCACUUGUCCAGGAUCAGCCGUGUGUUAAAACAGCCUGGGGGAAAUGCUCUGUUGGUUGGAGUUGGAGGAAGUGGCCGUCAGUCCAUCACCAGGCUCGCCACUUUUAUGUCGAAUAUGACUUUGUUCCAACCUGAGAUCUCAAAAAGCUAUGGAAUGAAUGAAUGGAGAGAGGAUCUGAAGCGCCUGAUGAAGAAUGCAGGAGUGAAGGGCGAGAAAACGGUGUUCCUGCUCACUGAUGCUCAGAUAAAGGAUGAAGCCUUUUUAGAAGAUGUGGACAGCAUUUUAAACACAGGGGAGGUACCCAAUAUCUUUGCUGUGGAUGAGAAACAAGAAAUUAUGGAGGCUGUACGUCCCUUUGCCCAGGCUGGGAAUAAAAAUCUGGAGUUCAGCCCUUUGGCUCUGUUUGCUUAUUUUGUGACUCGCUGCAAGGAGAACUUGCAUAUAGUGGUGGCCUUCAGCCCAAUAGGAGAUGCCUUUCGAAACCGCCUCAGACAGUUCCCUUCCCUCAUUAACUGCUGCACCAUAGAUUGGUUUCAGCCAUGGCCUGAAGAAGCUCUAGAGCGAGUGGCUAAUAAGUUCUUGGAGACUUUGGACCUGAGUGACCUUGAGCGAAAGGAAGUCGUACCAAUCUGCAAGACCUUCCAUACCUCUGCUAUUGAUCUGUCUAACAGGUUUCUGAUAGAGCUUGGUCGCCAUAAUUAUGUGACUCCUACUUCUUACUUGGAGCUCAUCGCUGCCUUCAGACUUCUUCUGACUCAAAGACGAGACACUGUUAUGAGUGCUAAAAACAGAUAUACAAAUGGACUGGACAAACUGGCUUUUGCUGAGUCUCAGGUGAGUGAAAUGAAAAAGGAGUUGGUGGACCUGCAGCCUAAGCUAGAGCAGGCUAAGAUUGACAACACCAAAAUAAUGGAAGUGAUAGAAGUUGAGUCAGUGGAGGUUGAGGCAAAGAGCAAACUUGUUCGUGUGGAUGAAGAAGCAGCUACUUUAAAAGCCAAUGAAGCCCAGGCCUUGAAGAAUGAGUGUGAGAGUGACUUGGCUGAGGCCAUCCCGGCUCUCGAGGCUGCGCUGUCUGCCCUGGACACACUCAAGCCUGCUGACGUGACCAUAGUGAAGGCAAUGAAGAAUCCUCCAGCAGGAGUCAAGCUGGUGAUGGCAGCGGUGUGUGUCAUGAAGGACAUCAAACCAGAGAGGAUCAAUGAUCCUUCAGGAACUGGACAGAAGAUUCUUGACUACUGGGGUCCAAGCAAAAAGCUGCUAGGGGACAUGAAUUUCCUCAGAGACUUGAAGGAAUAUGACAAAGAUAACAUCCCUGCUCAAGUGAUGCAUAAAAUUCGUAGUGAGUACAUGACCAACCCUGACUUUGACCCUACCAAAGUGGUCAAAGCCUCAUCUGCAGCUGAGGGGCUUUGCAGAUGGAUAACUGCUAUGGAGGUUUAUGACAGAGUGGCAAAGGUGGUUGCACCAAAGAAAGCUAAUCUUAUUGUAGCUCAGGAGUCUCUGGCCACCACUAUGGCCCUUCUAAACCAGAAGAGAGCUGAGCUGAAGGAGGUGGAGGAUCGUCUGGCCGCACUGCAGAAGACUUUGGAGGAAAAGACAGAGGAAAAAGCACAGCUGGAGUUUCAGGUGGACCUCUGUGCUCGCAAGCUGGAGAGAGCUGAGAAGCUUAUUGGAGGAUUAGGAGGAGAAAAAAAUAGGUGGUUGAAAGCAGCCAAUGACCUUCAGUGCACUUAUGACAACCUGACAGGUGAUGUGCUUAUAUCUGCGGGUGUUAUUGCAUACCUAGGAGCAUUUACUGCCCGCUUCCGCCAUGACUGUACUAAAAUGUGGGCGCAGCUCUGCAAGUCUAAGAAGAUCCCAUCCUCUGAUGACUUCUCUCUAAGUAAGACGCUUGGAGAUCCAAUCAAGAUCAGAGCCUGGAACAUUGCUGGCCUGCCCACCGACAGCUUCUCCAUUGAUAAUGGGGUUAUAGUGAGCAACUCCAGAAGAUGGCCAUUGAUGAUAGAUCCACAGGGCCAGGCCAACAAAUGGGUAAAAAAUUCAGAACGGGACCAUAAUCUGAAUGUGAUCAAGCUAACUGAUGCUGACUACAUGAGAACACUUGAGAACUGCAUCCAGUUUGGUACUCCACUGCUGCUGGAGAACGUUGGAGAGGAACUUGACCCCUCAUUAGAGCCACUUUUGCUCAAACAAGUUUUCAAACAAGGUGGUGUGGACUGUAUCCGAUUGGGUGAAAGUGUGAUUGAGUACUCUGCUGACUUUCGCUUUUACAUCACUACAAAGCUGAGGAACCCUCAUUAUCUUCCUGAGUUAGCAACCAAAGUGUGCCUGUUGAACUUCAUGAUUACACCAGAGGGUCUUGAAGACCAGCUGCUUGGCAUUGUGGUAGCAAAAGAGAGGCCCGAAUUAGAGGAGGAGAGAAAUGCCCUGAUCCUGCAGUCUGCAGCCAAUAAGAAGCAGCUUAAGGAGAUUGAGGACCAAAUCCUGGAGACUCUGCAGUCCUCAGAGGGGAACAUCCUGGAAGAUGAGAGUGCCAUCCAGAUCCUGGACGCUGCAAAGCUCAUGUCUAAUGAGAUUACCAAGAAACAGCAGAUCGCAGAGAAGACUGAGAUUGAAAUAGCCGAGUCGAGGGAGGGCUACAGAGCCAUCGCCAAACACUCCUCCAUCCUCUUCUUUACUAUCGCAGACCUGGCCAACAUCGACCCCAUGUAUCAAUACUCUCUCAACUGGUUUGUCAACCUCUACGUCAACUCCAUUCUUGACAGCAACAAAUCAAAGAAUCUAGAGAAAAGACUCCGAUACCUGAUUGAUUAUUUCACCUAUAACCUCUACUGCAACGUGUGCCGUUCGCUCUUCGAGAAGGACAAACUCCUCUUCUCGUUCCUGCUCUGUUCUAACCUACUGCUGGCUAAAAAGGAGAUUGAAUACUCUGAAUUUAUGUUCCUGCUCACUGGUGGUGUGGGACUGCAGAACAGCAUCCCCAACCCUGAUCCAAACUGGCUCCCUGACAAGAGCUGGGAUGAGAUUUGCCGAGCCAGUGAUCUUCCAGCCCUUAAUGGCAUUAAGGAGAGCUUUAUUAAGAGUCCUGAGAGUUUCCUGCCCAUUUAUGAUAGCAAGGAGCCAUUCAACACAGCUUUGCCCAAGCCCUGGUGUGAUAAACUCAACGAACUUCAAAAGAUGAUCAUUUACAGAUGUCUUAGACCUGAUAAAAUCGAACCAGCAAUCAGCAAGUUUGUGACUGACAAACUGGGAAAGAUAUUUGUCGAACCCCCUCCUUUUGACCUGAGUAAGAGCUACAAUGACUCCAACUGCACCAUUCCACUGGUGUUUGUUCUCUCUCCCGGAGCAGAUCCUAUGGCUAGUCUGCUGAAAUUUGCCAAUGACAAGAACAUGGGUGGCUCCCAAUUUAAAUCUAUUUCGCUGGGACAAGGCCAGGGUCCAAUAGCCGUGAAGAUGAUACGCUCAGCCAUGAAAGAUGGCACCUGGGUGUGCUUACAGAAUUGCCACCUGGCCGUGUCCUGGAUGUCCACUCUGGAGAAGAUCUGCGAAGACCUCAGCCCUGACACAUGCCAUCCAAACUUUCGUCUUUGGCUUACCAGUUACCCAUCACCCAGGUUUCCAGUGACCAUCUUGCAGAAUGGGGUAAAGAUGACCAAUGAGCCUCCCACCGGCUUGAGGUUAAACCUGUUGCAGUCAUAUCUGUCUGACCCCAUCUCAGACGCUGACUUCUUUGCAGGAUGUCCUAAGAAGGAGCUGGUCUGGGAGAAGCUCCUGUAUGGGGUUUGUUUCUUUCAUGCCCUUGUGCAGGAGAGGAAAAAGUUUGGGCCAUUGGGAUGGAACAUUCCCUAUGGGUUUAACGAGUCAGACCUACGCAUUAGUAUUAGACAAUUGCAGCUCUUUGUGAAUGAGUACCAGGAAGUUCCCUUUGAGGCCAUCACAUAUCUCACAGGAGAGUGUAACUAUGGAGGACGUGUAACAGAUGACUGGGACCGUCGCCUCCUCAUGACGAUCCUCGCUGACUUCUACAACAAAGACGUUAUUGACCACCCACGCUACUCCUUCUCUCCUAGUGGCAAAUAUCAUGCACCUCCAAAGUCCAUUUACGAAGACUAUGUAGAGUUUAUCAAGAAACUCCCAUUCACCCAGCAUCCCGAGGUGUUUGGCAUGCAUGAGAACGUGGACAUCUCCAAAGACCUUCAACAGACAAAACUCCUGUUUGAUUCCCUCCUUCUGACGCAAGGUGGAGGCUCAAAGGGCGGAGGAGGCUCUGGCGGAGACAGCACCCUUCUGGACAUUGCUAAUGACAUCCUUUCUAAACUUCCAGGUAACUUUAACAUCGAGUCUGCCCUCGUCAAGUUUCCUGUGUGUUAUGAGGAGAGCAUGAAUACGGUGCUCGUGCAGGAGAUGCAGCGCUACAACAAUUUGAGCAGUACCAUACGUGUGAGUCUACAGAACCUAAUAAAGGCCAUUAAGGGGCUGGUGGUGAUGGAUGCAGAGCUGGAGGCUGUAGCCAGCAGUCUGCUGGUGGGGAAAGUGCCAGAAAAGUGGGCCAAAUGCUCCUAUCCCAGUCUCAAGCCAUUGGGUAGCUAUGUCAAUGACUUCCUGGCCAGACUCAAGUUUUUACAGGACUGGUAUGACACCCAGAAGCCCCAUGUAUUCUGGUUAUCUGGGUUUUUCUUCACUCAGGCUUUCAUAACAGGUGCCUUGCAGAACUACGCCAGGAAAUACUCCAUCCCCAUUGACUUACUGGGCUUUAACUAUGAGGUUCUGCCGUUUGACACCUCUGACUCGUCUCCAGAAGAUGGAGUAUACAUUCAUGGCCUUUUCUUGGAUGGAGCGCGAUGGGAUAAAAAAAGUGGAGUGUUGGCCGAACAGUAUCCCAAAGUUUUAUUUGAUGCAGUCCCCAUCAUUUGGAUCAAACCAACGGACAAGAAGGCCAUGGACCAGCCCCAUAGUGUCUAUGUGUGUCCCCUCUACAAGACCAGUGAGCGUAAAGGUACACUGUCCACCACUGGCCAUUCAACCAACUUUGUGAUCACCAUGAUGCUUCCUACUAGCAAACGUCCUCAGCACUGGAUCAAGAGAGGCGUAGCUUUGCUGUGUCAGCUGGAUGAUUGACCACAAACACUUUAUUUACUGUUCUCACACAUGUGGAUAAUCAAAUGUAUCUAUUAAAAAUAAUAUCUCAGCAAC